GCUGGCUUCUGGGCUUUGCCAUGGCGGUCUCCGUAGCGCGUUGGAACCAUGUGUGGGUCGGCACCGAGACUGGAAUCCUGAAAGGAGUGAACCUUCAGCGAAAACAUGCAGCGAACUUCACGGCGGCGGGACAGCCGCGGCGCGAGGAGGCGGUGAGCGCCCUGUGCUGGGGCGCGGGCGGCGAGACCGAGAUCCUGGUGGGCUGCGCGGACAGGACGGUGAAACACUUCAGCACCGAGGAGGGCAUAUUCCAGGGCCAGAGACACUGCCCUGGAGGGGAGGGCAUGUUCCGGGGCCUCGCCCAAGCUGAGGG